CCGGGCCGCACGCGGGCUGGUCGGGCGCGGCGGCCGAGCGGCAGCAUCCCGGGCCAUGGAGACCGGCUCCGACUCAGAUUCUUUAUACAAUUGCAUAUGUACGAGUGGAUGAACAUACCAUUGGUGAUCCAGAGGAUUUUUGUCAAGAUUGGAUAAACCAUGUAUCACAUUGAUUGUAGAGAUCAGCUCGAAAGGGUCUUUUUACGACUUGGCCAUGCUGAAACAGACGAACAGUUACAAAAUAUCAUAUCUAAAUUCCUUCCUCCUGUUUUGCUUAAACUGUCGAGCACCCAAGAAGGAGUACGGAAAAAGGUGAUGGAACUGCUGGUCCAUCUGAAUAAACGUAUAAAAAGCCGCCCCAAAAUACAACUCCCAGUAGAGACACUAUUGGUUCAGUACCAGGACCCUGCUGCAGUUUCCUUUGUCACGAAUUUUACUAUAAUUUAUGUUAAGAUGGGCUAUCCUCGCCUGCCAGUUGAAAAACAGUGUGAACUGGCCCCUACGCUUCUGACUGCCAUGGAAGGGAAGCCUCAGCCACAGCAGGAUAGCUUAAUGCAUCUUUUAAUACCAACCCUUUUUCACAUGAAAUACCCUGCUGAAUCAUCAAAAUCAGCUUCUCCUUUUAAUCUUGCUGAGAAACCAAAGACUGUGCAGCUGCUUUUGGACUUUAUGCUAGAUGUUCUUCUGAUGCCUUAUGGAUAUGUGUUAAAUGAAUCCCAGAGUCGCCAAAAUUCAUCUUCAUCACAGGGUUCUUCUUCAAACAGUGUGGGAGGUUCCGGAAUCCCACAGCCUCCCCCAGGAAUGAGCUUUUAUGCAGCAAAACGAGUUAUUGGUGAUAACCCAUGGACACCUGAACAGUUGGAACAGUGCAAAUUGGGCAUAGUGAAAUUUAUAGAAGCUGAACAGGUGCCUGAACUUGAAGCUGUUCUCCACCUGGUGAUUGCUUCUAGUGACACACGCCAUAGUGUGGCAACAGCGGCAGACCUGGAAUUGAAAAGCAAGCAGAGCUUAAUUGACUGGAAUAAUUCUGCCAUCAUUAAUAAGAUGUACAAGGUAUACCUUGGGGAUAUACCACUGAAGACAAAAGAAGGAGCAGUUCUAAAGCCAGAGCUGAAAAGAGACCCAGUCAGUACCAGAGUGAAGUUAAAGAUUGUUCCUCAUCUCCUGCGUUCUAGACAGGCUGCUGAAACGUUCCCAGCUAACAUUCAGGUGGUGUAUGAUGGGCUUUUUGGUACAAAUACAAAUUCAAAGUUAAGAACAUUGUCCUUGCAAUUUGUACAUCACAUUUGUAUAACCUGUCCAGAAAUCAAGAUUAAACCACUAGGUCCUAUGCUUUUGAAUGGUCUCACUAAGCUAAUAAAUGAAUAUAAAGAGGACCCUAAGCUACUGUCAAUGGCAUAUUCAGCUGUUGGAAAACUCUCCAGUCGAAUGCCGCAUUUGUUCACUAAGGAUAUAGCUCUUGUGCAACAGCUUUUUGAAGCUCUGUGUAAGGAAGAGCCUGAGACUCGACUUGCUAUUCAGGAAGCAUUAUCUAUGAUGGUUGGAGCUUAUAGUACCUUAGAAGGAGCACAGAGAACUUUAAUGGAGGCGCUUGUAGCUUCAUAUUUAAUAAAGCCUGAAGUUCAAGUUCGGCAAGUUGCAGUGAAAUUUGCCAGCACAGUGUUUCCUUCAGAUCAUAUACCUUCCAGAUAUUUGCUCCUACUAGCUGCAGGAGACCCACGAGAAGAAGUCCAUGGUGAAGCACAGCGUGUGUUACGAUGUCUUCCUGGUAGAAACAAAAAGGAAAGCGCUUCUAAGCAAAUGCCAUCUUUUCCAGAAAUGGUACAUUACAUUCAAGAAAAGGCUUCUCAUCGAAUGAAGACUCCAGUCAAAUACAUGACCGGAACCACUGUCCUUCCGUUUAACCCAGCAGCAUUUGGAGAGAUAGUUCUGUACUUGCGCAUGUGCCUGGCACAUAGUGCAGGGGUAGUGCCCACCUCUCAGAGUUUGGCUGAUAUGCAAGAUCAUGCUCCGGCCAUUGGACGGUACAUACGAACAUUAAUGUCAAGCAGCCAGGCAACAGCUUCAUCUUCUAAUAAGAGUGGAGAAGCCAACCCUGUUCAGAUCUACAUUGGCCUGCUUCAACAGCUCUUAGCAGGUGUUGGAGGCUUGCCAGUCAUGUACUGUCUAUUGGAAGCUGUGUCAGUGUAUCCAGAAAAAUUGGCUACCAAAUUUGUAGAUAAAACAGAAUGGAUCAAGAGUCUGAUGAGCAGCAGUAAAGAAGAAAUGCGAGAGUUGGCGGCUUUGUUUUAUUCUGUGGUGGUGUCAACUGUGUCCGGAAACGAGUUAAAGGCAAUGAUAGAACAACUUAUUAAGGCUACAAAAGACAGUCAUAGCCCUGAGGUACAGCAUGGAGCCUUGCUUGCCCUGGGAUUCACUGUGGGGAGAUACUUGGCUAAGAAGAGAGUGAGAACGGCAGAGCUGCACAGCCUGGAGACAGAUGGUGAUCUCUUGCCUGAGCAAGAGGAGAUCAUUCGGAGUGCUACAGAAACUAUAGGUUCAUUCUUAGACAGUACAUCACCCCUGUUGGCAAUUGCUGCCUGUACUGCUCUGGGUGAAAUUGGCAGAAAUGGUCCUCUCCCGAUCUCCAGUGAAGGAUCUGGAUUUACUAAACUGCACCUGGUAGAAAGCUUACUCGCUAGAAUCCCUUCCAGUAAAGAAACAAAUAAGAUGAAAGAACGAGCAGUCCAAACGUUGGGCUACUUUCCAGUUGGGGAUGGGGCUUUUCCCCACCAGAAGCUCCUUUUGCAAGGUCUAAUGGAUUCUGUGGAGGCCAAGCAGGUUGAACUUCAGUUCACUAUUGGUGAAGCCAUUACCAGUGCUGCAAUAGGAACUAACUCUGUGGCUGCGCGAGAUGCCUGGCUGGUGACUGAGGAGGAAUAUACACCUCCUGCUGGUAGUGCCAAAGUGAAUGAUGUUGUCCCAUGGGUUUUAGAUGUUAUUUUAAAUAAGCAUAUUAUCAGCCCCAACCCACAUGUGAGGCAAGCAGCCUGCAUCUGGCUCCUUUCUCUUGUGAGGAAGCUAAGUACCCACAUAGAAGUGAAGUCUCAUCUUAAAGAAAUUCAGAGUGCAUUUGUUUCAGUUCUGUCAGAAAAUGAUGAACUUAGCCAAGAUGUUGCGUCAAAGGGGUUGGGGUUGGUUUAUGAGCUGGGCAGUGAACAAGAUCAACAGGAAUUGGUGUCUACACUUGUAGAAACACUUAUGACUGGCAAAAGAGUUAAACAUGAAGUUUCUGGAGAGACAGUGGUAUUUCAAGGGGGAGGCCUUGGCAAAACACCUGAUGGCCAGGGCCUUUCUACUUACAAGGAGCUUUGCUCUCUGGCAAGUGAUCUUAGUCAGCCAGAUCUGGUAUAUAAAUUUAUGAAUCUGGCAAAUCAUCAUGCAAUGUGGAACUCCAGGAAGGGUGCUGCUUUUGGUUUUAAUGUAAUUGCUACCAGAGCUGGAGAACAACUGGCUCCUUUUUUGCCUCAGCUAGUUCCUCGACUUUAUCGUUACCAGUUUGACCCCAACCUUGGAAUUCGACAGGCUAUGACAAGUAUUUGGAAUGCAUUGGUCACUGAUAAAUCAACGGUGGAUAAGUAUUUGAAGGAAAUUCUUCAAGAUUUGAUUAAAAACCUUACCAGCAACAUGUGGCGAGUUCGAGAAUCGAGCUGUUUAGCUUUGAAUGACUUAUUGAGAGGAAGACCUUUAGAUGACAUCAUUGACAACCUUCCAGAAAUGUGGGAAACACUUUUUAGAGUACAAGAUGAUAUUAAGGAGUCUGUGCGGAAAGCAGCAGAACUCGCUCUGAGAACUCUGAGCAAGGUUUGUGUGAAAAUGUGUGACCCUGCCAAAGGAGCAGCUGGCCAGAGAACCAUUGCUGUCCUCCUGCCCUGCCUUCUGGACAAAGGAAUGAUGAGUCCUGUGACGGAAGUCCGAGCCCUCAGCAUUAACACCCUUGUGAAGAUCAGCAAAAGUGCAGGAGCCAUGUUGAAACCACAUGCACCCAAACUCAUCCCAGCAUUACUAGAGUCUUUAAGUGUGCUGGAGCCUCAAGUUCUAAAUUAUUUGAGUCUCCGGGCUACAGAACAAGAAAAGGCUGCAAUGGAUAGUGCUCGACUCAGUGCCGCCAAGUCCUCUCCCAUGAUGGAGACCAUCAGCAUGUGCCUGCAAUAUCUUGAUGUUUCGGUGCUGGGUGAGCUAGUUCCUAGGUUAUGUGAACUGAUCAGAAGUGGUGUGGGUCUUGGAACUAAGGGAGGCUGUGCCAGUGUCAUUGUGUCUUUAACUACUCAAUGUCCCCAGGACCUAACACCUUACUCAGGUAAACUUAUGAGUGCUUUGCUUAGUGGUCUGACAGAUCGGAACAGCGUAAUUCAGAAAUCCUGUGCAUUCGCCAUGGGCCAUUUAGUUCGAACCUCUCGGGAUAGCAGCACUGAAAAAUUGCUACAGAAGCUCAGUGGCUGGUACAUGGAGAAAGAAGAACCUGUCUAUAAGACCUCUUGUGCUCUGACUAUUCAUGCAAUUGGAAGAUACAGCCCUGAUGUAUUGAAGAAUCAUGCCAAAGAAGUUCUGCCCUUGGCGUUUCUAGGCAUGCAUGAAAUUGCUGAUGAGGAGAAAUCUGAAAAAGAAGAGUGUAAUUUGUGGACUGAAGUGUGGCAGGAAAAUGUACCUGGCUCCUUUGGAGGUAUUCGAUUGUACCUACAGGAGUUGAUUACUAUUACCCAAAAGGCUUUGCAAUCACAGUCUUGGAAAAUGAAAGCCCAGGGUGCAGUUGCUAUGGCGUCAAUUGCAAAACAAACGAGCUCUCUUGUGCCUCCUUAUCUGGGAAUGAUACUGAGCGCAUUGGUGCAAGGCCUGGCUGGAAGAACAUGGGCAGGAAAGGAAGAAUUACUGAAAGCCAUUGCCUGUGUGGUGACAGCUUGCAGUUCAGAGUUGGAAAAGUCUGUACCCAAUCAACCCACUAUAAAUGAAAUUCUUCAGGCUGUAAUGAAGGAAUGUUGCAAAGAGAAUCUCAAAUAUAAGAUUGUAGCAAUCAGCUGUGCAGCUGAUGUUUUGAAAGCCACCAAAGAAGACAGAUUCCAGGAGUUUUCCGACAUUGUAAUACCCCUCAUCAAGAAGAACUCACCUGAAAGCAUGGGAGUCCGGACCAGCAAAGCUGAAGAUGAAAAUGAGAAGGAAAGAGAGCUGCAAGUGGAGUCUCUGCUGGGUGCCUUUGAGAGCCUGGGCAAAGCAUGGCCCAGGAACCCAGAAACCCAACGUUGUUAUCGGCAGGAGAUGUGCAAACUGAUGUGUGAGCGGCUAAGACUCAGCACGUGGAAAGUGCAGCUAGGUGUCCUCCAGUCGAUGAAUGCUUUUUUCCAGGGGUUAAUGCUUCUGGAAGAAGAACAUACAGAUCCUGAAGCUCUGGCUGAGAUUCUUCUUGAAACUUGUAAAUCAAUUACUUAUUCUUUAGAAAAUAAGACCUACUCAUCUGUGAGAACAGAAGCUCUGUCUGUGGUAGAAUUACUGCUUAAAAAGCUUGAAGAAGCUAAACAGUGGGAAAGCUUGACAGCAGAAUGCAGAGGACUCUUGAUUGAGUCUUUAGCUACUAUGGAGACAGACAAUAGACCUGAGCUGCAAGAGAAAGCCUCAGUAUUGAAGAAAACACUUGAAAGUCUGGAAUGAAUGAAGAAGGGAAAGAAACAAAUAAGUGCCACGUUCUUUUGGGAUUGGAAAUGGUGAUAUUCUUUAAAAACCAAGUGGGGGAAAGUGAAGAUUACUCUGUAGCAUGCAUCAUUCCUUGGCUGAAAUAAAAAUAAUAAUAAUAAUAAUAAAGCCUUAAAUUUUGCUCCUUAUUAGCUUUAUUUUACUUAUCUUUAAGUAUGUGGGCUAAAUGAGCCUAAAAGAACUUGGGUUUUCGAAAGGUAGUUGUCAAUAAGUCUGGCAGCCAUCAUUGCUAAAAACCUGAAACUAUUAUAAAAGUGAAAUACAGGACAAGCUGGAUUAAAAUCUUAGAAUUAUGUCCAUGCUAGACUUACUGCAGAAAGUAAUCCUGUAAAUCACUUGAUUUAUAGUCUCACUUCUUGCACACCUGAAGAAAUAGGAUUGGAGAUGACCUACCUUCCUUUCUGAGGCUGGAGCCAAGACCAUAGACGCAGAGUUUAAUGUCCUGUCCUGGAUACUUUUCUCAACCUGCUACCAAACCAAACCAGUGUUUACCCUGCCCUAUCCUAGAAAUUCCCCAAGGGAGGUACAUUUAGGCUGUUACACAGCAGUUCUUACACUAGAGCUACACUGACUCGUGUCACUGGAUUCACAGGAAAUGGUUGUUCAGCAUGUUUCUAGGAUGAGAACAAUUUGGGUUCCAAAAAAUUCUGAUUGACGUCCUUUUACUGGAAGAUGAAAAUAGAUUGGAACAAGAUUGUUCUACUGCCUGUAUUUGUGAUUAUGUAUUUUUCCAAAAUUUAAAACAGUAAAAAUUAGAGACUGCCUUGGUUUCAACCACUUAAGAUCCCAAAACUGUAACAAUAACUUAUCACUUUCUACUGCUUACUUCAUUACAUCCAGUGUGGCAUGAAAGGACAGAGGGAAAGCCUUUAGUUAAGUGCCGGGAAUUUCUCUUGUUAAUGCCUUUCUCAGAUUAGCCUGAUGCACUCCAAGUAAACUGUUCUGCCGGGGUGUUUCCCCGCUCUCUGCAGGUUAACGGAGGUGUCUAUGGUCAGCUAAAAACUCCAGCUUGUCUUUUUGGAGCACAGUUUUGAUUUAUAUAUUCAGUACUGUCUCCUUGAUGACAUCAACACCUGGAAUCUCUGUAUUCAAUAUUUUUGGUCAAAACUCCAUGUUUAUUAGUUCAGUAUUCUACAGACCAGUGUAUUUUAAAUAUUUUUUAACUGUGACUCACAAUAAAAAUAACUUUUUACAUCAUGAUUCAGAAUGUAUGUGUGUGAGUGUUGAUGUAUGUCUGAAUGUAAAAUCUUUAACUGAAGCAAAUAUUUCAUGAAGAAAUACUUAGUUGCUAAGUUUGAUACACUUUGCUCGCUCUCUGUAUCUCACUGAUGUAAAUGUUCUUCAGACUCACUAAAUUCAUUUUUUAAUUCACAACUAGGUUGCUGUUCAAGUUUGAUAGUACCUAAACUUCUACUAUGAGAUUGUUUCUGAUUGAAAAAGGCUUUACAACUAAAAUGUCCAUUGCUCAUUCGGUAUCAUCUUUGCUGAUACUGAACUAUAGUAGUGAGUUUGCAGAACAUCACGAAUUUAAAAGAAUCUGUUGUAGAAUUGCAUUUAAGAAUGGCUUUUGCUUUAGAGAAAAACGAAUGGCUUCACAUGUUCUUCAGAAGCUGUGUCCUCUCAGGACAUGUUUUUUGGAUCAGCAUUGAAUGCACUGAGGACCUACCUGGCUUUUACUUGUAGUGCCCAAGAUGCUUCCUUGGCAAGAAUGCAAUGCAAGUCAGGUAUGUUGUUGAAGACGAGAGUAUAAGGAUGAGAAUGCUGUGCAUGGUCUGUUGUUGAAACCUCAUCAAAUUCUAUGCUUUUAAAGCUUUUGUUAUUUAAUACUGGGGAUUACCCUUGGUGCUGAGAGUGGUGCUAAGACACCCAAACCUUAGUGCUACUGAAUUAUAUUUUUUACUUUUCCUGAGCACAUUUCUAAUUUAUAUACUUAAUGCCUUCAUGUUUGCCAGCCAAAUCACUUUCACAGCCAGUAAUGCUGUAUUACUGUCUCAAAUAUAGUUUGUGUUUGUUAUAAAUAUAGUUGUGUUUAUUUUAAAAGGUUAAUAACCAGGAUUUUGUAAUUGUGGAAUGUUGGUACUGGUGAACAAGUGUAAAAGUACCUGUACAUACAUAUAUCAUCAGUCUCUAUUUGCCAAAGCUAUCUUGAAUGAUUUAAUUUUUCUCUAUUCAUAUGUUUACCACACAGAUAACUAAUUUGUAGGACUUGAACCGUAUUCCUGCCAUUAGUUCACUAAGUAUAUCUUCAUUGAUACAGGAAAAGGAGAUGUCUGAAAUGUGGCAGUUGGAUUAAACAUAAAAAUGGUCUACAGUUUCGGUGGCCAGCGUAGCUGUUUCACUGAAUGUGUCCAAUUUAUUGUUCCUAGGGGAUCUUGUCUAUAACACAGUCCACCUACAUAAGGGGGUUACCAAAUCCCCAUUGCCUUGCCCCCCCUUUUUUAACUCAUGUAUUUACCAACAAAAGAAUAAAGAUGUGACCUCA